GCUUUUUGCGCUCACACGUGACCACAGAAGGCGCUUAGUGGCAUUUAAACAUCAUCCAUUGCGCUUUCCGCCACCAAAAUAGACGCACGAAGCCAAACGGAACCAAAGGGCGAACGCCUCCAUUCCGAGAGGGACGCAGUUUUCUCCUUUGACGCCGAAUGACGCCCGCCGACGUUAUCUUUCAAUUUACGGACUUGUUUUUUCCUAAUAUCUUUGCCACCUGUAGCUAAAAGUGGAUAUUUUUAAGAAACACAUUGCGGGAUUAUUGCGCAUCCGUGCGUUAAGGAGCGGAAAAAGGCUAAAUCCCAUUUAAAGGCGGGUAAGCCUCCCGGAGAGCAAGCGGCAUGCAGGAUAGAAAGGAAUGUGCACUCACAUAGGAGAGAGGUGAUCCACGCAGAUCGCCAUUUCUCUCUUGUUUGUCAGAUUUGUGUGGAGGAGGAGGUGGAAGAAGAGGAGAAGGUGAGCGUCGGUGAGCAGACAUGGGCAAAGAGGAGUGUAAAACUAUGCUGGACGCCUUGAAUAAAGUGACGGCGUGCUACCGGCACCUUGUCGUAGCUCUGGGCAGCACGUCGGACUCGCAGAACUUGCGCGAGGAGCUGAAGAGAACUCGCAAAAAGGCGCAGGAGCUGGCAGUGGCCAACCGGACUAAGCUGACCUCUUUGCUCAAAGACAAGAGCAUUAGCAAGGAGGACCGCGCAGAGUACGAGCGGCUAUGGGUGCUCUUCUCAAGCAGCAUGGAUCUCCUGGAGGUGGACAUGAAGCGCUCCCUGGAGAUAGGCCAGGAUUUCCCGCUCAAGGUGCCCACCAGGCACCUGAUCCAGACGGGCAUGACGGGCAGCACAAGCACGGUGGCGGCGCGAGCCAUGAGCGUGCAGAACAUGAAGUACGAGGCGGACAGCAACAUCGACACGGCCGACCUGCGGGACCUGCAGGCUGAGAUCGGCCAGGUGAGCCAGAUGAUGGAGGAGAUGGAGAUGAAGGUGCAGGUGGCGCCGUGGGCCGUGGAAGCCAAGCAGGAGGCGGGGGCCGAGCUCAAGUCCAACAUGAGCGUGGGAAAUUCCUCCGUGGGCGUCAUCUCCAUCUGCGAUGAGGAACCCAAGGACGAGGAGGGGGGAGGCGGCGGGGACAAGGGCUUCGCCUCCAUCUGCGCAGUCUUGGUCUUCUUUGUCAUCGUGACUGUGGCGGGUGUGCUGGGAUAUCUGGUCAUCAACAUGUCCUGAAUAACGGCUUGCAUGGGGCUUUGGAGUGCACCAUAACCAGCUCUUAUCAGUUCAGGAACUCUCUACUGUCAUUAUGUGUUCAAAAGUAAAUUAGUUACUUCCAAAUCGCUGACAAAAAUAAUAUUUGUGAUUAGGUAAUAGAGGGCCAAAAUGAAAAUAAUGAAAUUUGUAUUGUACGAGAAAAAACUUUUGUGAGAUUGGCUGCCAUUGACGGUGGCAGACGUCCAAUCCAUUUGCACUGGGAGGGUGGCAGCCAUUAAACCCUCCCAUCUCAAAUGGAUUGGAUGUCUACUUGUGAUAAACUAACUAAAAUUCACAGCGUAAUGAUGAUUUCUACAUGCUUGGAUGUCAAUGACCGUCAAUUUUACAGGAUUGAAUUUGAAUUAAAGCAUUACGAAAAUAGUUUAAAGAGAAAAGGUGAGGAUGUUACAAGAAUAAUAACGUGUUAUUAUGG